UUAUCGUGUCACUAUUUACAUCCUUGACCUACAGGGUGUACGCCAUUGUUGACAGUUCAUCAUAACGACGAGCAUCGUGGCCAACUUACACAGUCGUCCAAUGGCGUCCAACUAUGAAGCUGUGGUGGCUAUAGACUUUGGUACCACGUAUUCGGGGUACGCUUUCUCACUGACAUCGGAAUACAAAACGGAUCCGAUGAAGAUCUCUGCCAACAAUUCCUGGGUAGCGGGUUCAGCAGGCCUGAUGUCAAUGAAGUGUCCCACAUGUAUAUUGUUUGACAAGGAUAAGAAUUUUGUCAGCUUUGGGUACGAGGCCGAGGACAAGUAUUCCAACCUGGUUAUGGACAACUCUCAUCAUGAGUACUACUUCUUCAAGCAAUUUAAGAUGUCGUUACACCAAAACACGAAUCUUAACAGAGAUACAAACAUAGAAGACGAGAGAGGUAAAUCGAUGAAAGCCAAAACGGUAUUUGCUGCUGGUAUUGAAUUCCUGAAGAAACAGGCCGAGGAUCUGCUGAGCACAAGAGGGAUGAAUUUUGAGGAGUGGGAGAUACGAUGGGUACUUACGGUACCUGCCAUCUGGUCAGAUGCCGCAAAACAGUUCAUGCGAGAGGCUGCUCAAAAGGCAGAUAUCAUGAACGACCAGCUGUUGAUAGCGUUAGAACCAGAAGCUGCAUCAGUGUGCUGUCGAUAUCUUCCAGAUGCAAAGGGUAUCGACAUUUUCAUGCCCGGAUCAAAAUACAUGGUCCUUGACCUUGGCGGUGGCACAGCAGACAUCAAUGUUCAUCAGGUGGCAGAUGAUGGGAGUUUGCAGGAGCUUCAUCAAGCCUCCGGUGGCGCCUGGGGAGGGACAAAAGUCGAUGCCUCCUUCAUCCGACUUUUAUGUGCCAUUAUUGGAGAUGACGUCAUGGAUGCAUUUCGAUCCAACCAUCCAGGAGAUUACAUAGAUCUUCUUCGGGAGUUUGAAGUAAAAAAGAGAAACGUCAAAGCAGAAAUGGAAACCACUAUCAACUUUAAACUUCCGCUUGCUCUUACCCAAUUGUUCGAAGCGAUGACGAAUAUGACAUUCCAGCAGGCUCUUGUCAAUUCUACGUACAGGGAUGACAUCAUUUCAACUGCUGACAAGAUCAGGAUCAAACCUAACCUCAUACAGGGUAUGUUUCGGGACCCGUUGGUGCAUCUCGAGGACCAUAUUCGAUGCAUACUGGCCAAGCCGCAAAUGAGAGGGACAUCUACAUUUCUUUUGGUUGGUGGGUUUUCGGAAUCUCCUAUCGUACAGGAAACAAUCAAGAGGAAAUUCCCACGAGUAAAGGUUAUCGUUCCGGCUGAAUGCGGACUGGCAGUUCUGAAAGGCGCAGUGAUAUUUGGCCAUGAGCCCAAGAAAAUCAGAGCCCGAGUUGCUAGGUUUACGUAUGGUAUAGCAAUCAGUAAGCCAUUCAUUGAAGGCCAUCAUCCCAGCGAAAAAAAGAAAGUCACCCCAAACGGCGUCCUUUGCACAGAUGUCUUCCACAAGUAUGUCGAGAGUGGUGAAUCCAUAGAUUCGGACAGCUCGCAGACGUUGUCGUUUAGUGCAGCAAGAGGGUGCUCGACCAAUCGCGUUCGUGUUUACAGAUCAACAAUGGCUGAUCCGAUGUUUGUAACGGACGAGGGCUGCAAUCUGUUAGGUGAGGUGAUUCUGACACGCGAGGCCGACGACUUGAAUUCGUCCCAGAAAAUUGACGUUAGCCUGACUUUUGGAGGAACAGAAUGUUCUGUUGUGGCUAGCGACGCUCAAACAGAAAAAACGUUCCGGUCCAAAUUUGACUUUCUUAAUACAUAAUAUCAUGUUCUUUCGUUCAUUGCGUCAUUCAAGAGAGGGGUACAUUGUAUUUGAGCAAACUCACUCAAAAUUAAACACAACAGCUAACGAAAUUCAUAAUUUAAACAAUAUAAAAGUAAAAAUUAUAUAUCAUAUUUGGACAAUUUCCAUUACUGAACAACAAAUAAGUUAGUACAUAGUUAUGCAAAGUUGAAUAAUUUCAAAAUUAAUUUAACUAGACUGAAUGGAUAUUAAAUUAGUAGUAGAAAAAAAAUGGAAAAACAACACUUAUAAGCUACAAAACAACAAUUUCAAUCCGCAGUACGUUAUAUCGGCAUGACGACCCAUUCCUGAAUCUGAAAGGUAAUUCAAUAUCUGUUGUUGAAAAAACUAAAUUUCUUGGACUGAUAUUUGAUUCGAAACUCACAUUCAUACCACAAAUAAAAUACCUAAAAGAAGAAUGUUCAAAUGCACGUAUGAUUUUGCGAGUUAUGUCCUAUAUGGAGUGAGGUGCACCAUCACGCGAGACAGUAGAACGAAAUUGUCACUACAAUAUGCAGCUCAACUUAAAUAAAAUCCCAGCAACGCUGAAAUUCGAUCCAGUAUUUAAUUCCAAAUAUGAAGAUGUUUAAGCUCAAAACGAAAAGCUGAUUCCAACAUUUUGGUGUUCGUAUUGCUGAAUUUCUGAAUAAUCUUAAUGUCGAUUUUUCUAACACCUCACCCGACGAGGUAUCUGGCAUUCGUCCAUAGACAAAUACAAACCCAAUCAUUAAUUUAUCUCUGCAUAAUCAACAGAAGUCAUCACUCUUCCUGCAGAAUACAAAGCAUUUUUUUCUAAACUACUAACACUUCUGCACACACUCUAUUCUAUACACUGACAGAUAAAAUGAUGGUAAAUGAGUCGGAUCAGCCUGCUGCUCUCCCAACGCAACCACUCCCAUUGUUCAAGUCCAAGACUGUGCUACAAUUUUCUUUGCAGAGAGGCCUUUGAUUGAUUUAAGUCUUUACAAAAUUGACAAACACAGCAUAAGAAGAGCAUUCAUAUGCUCAGAUUCACUGUCUGAAAAACCGAAAUUAAGAAUACAAUUAUUUAAAACCUUCUCGUUGGUUUGGCGUAGCUGACCAUGGAUUUUAAGAGAAACACUUAUUGAAGUAAUUACUGGCGUGGGAUAUUGUGAUAGCGCUAAUUUGAUGUAUUUCUACAGAGGUGCAAUGGUAGAAAUAAAUGUUAACACGUGGGUGAUAUAGAA